AUGCCUCGUAGAUCGCCCAAGGAAUGGUUUAAGAAGUACUUCCUUGAAGGUGAGUUGGAACUUUUAAUAUUUUAGCAAUUUAUGGCGAAGAUCGUUGCCAUAGAACAUACUAUACAUUAAAUGUUAGUAUGCAACUUGCAUGCAACAUACCUGUAAGCUUAGAAAACUGUUUGUUGACCAGCCAAACAAAAAAUAAUAUUAUUUAACAGUAAUAAUGAUAUUUAACAGCUAACCAUCGAUUUGAUUACAAACAGUAGCGUUAAUUUACAUGACAAAAAUGAUUGCUUAAGUCAAGCAAUUUUUAUUAGAUAGAUUGAUUUAUUUAUACCCAACUAUAUCAGUCACAAAAAUAACGUAGAUUGCAUUGAACUAUAGAGUAUAGUGGUGAGGAAAUCCAAAAUCGAAACUAAAAAGCUUAUUUUGAAUUUAGACUCCCUCAUGGUAUAAUUAUAUUUACAUUUUUGGAACAUUCACGAUCAAUCAAAACAAUUCGGUCUAUAUAGAUCGAGAUAAACAUUUUAUGCAUGACUAGAUUGAAGAAAUGACAAUAAUUUAGAUUUAAAAUUGCUUGAAUAAGAUGCAGUCGUAAUUUCAACAGGUAGAGAAUUAAAUUUUGGACCUUGAAAUCGAACUGAAAAUUGUUUUAAUCCGGUCUGUAUAGCAGCAAGUUAAUAUAAAUUAAUAUUUCCGAUUCGUGCACAUUCGAUCGUUCCUGUACCAUUCUUCUUCUUAAAAAGUGGCGAUAUUGGCGUCGACACUGCGCAAAAUAUUGUGGGCUGCGAAUUUAGAUACCAACCUAGUUAUUGCUGUAAAUUAUAGUCGGUGUUCAAUUUAUUGGUCCAAUUAAAUUUAAUAGUAUAUAUUGCUAAAAGCCAAUCAGACUCAUCGUUGUCGAUUGAAAGCAUGCCCUUCUUAUAACUCGGUUAAACAACUAUAUCUUUCAGUGACAAACAGUCGCGAGGCUUUUUUCGUCUUCCCCUAGGGUCUCGCCAUUUCGCCAUUGAAGAUAAUAGAAAGAUAGUAUAUUCAUUGAUACGUUGUCAUAAUUCGCUAUUACAUCAGGUCAGGCACUGAACAAUACUCAAACAGAAGCCCUCAAGAACCUGGACCCAAAUGCACCAUGGUAUACGAAGUUACUCGUCAAGCAUCGUCGUUGGGUCGGCGUGCUCAUCCCCUUCACCAUUGUGCAAAUCAUCUGGUGGAGCUGCGCGAUAAAAUACAAUUACUGGGACCUCUUUCCUGACAGAUAUAAUAUGUCAAUUAUGGCGAUUUUUGCAUCCAUGAUUGCAGGUAAUGUUAGAAUCAGACAAUAUCCAAGAUAUUGGAUAUCAAAGAUAUUGGAUAUUUCGAACUUUUUGAAACUCUAAAACUGAUUAAAUUACAAGAUCUAGUCAAAAUUUGCACUAAUGUUUUUACGUUCACGUUUCAUCACUCUCUACACUGCCUUCUAUGAUCAAAUAAAACAUUUUAUCCCGUUUAAAAGGUUGUUGAGCUCAAAAGACUUGUUACAAGUUAUUCCAACAACUUGUUACUGUCCUGCAAUUGACAAUUUGUCAACAAGUUGCGAGUGACAACCUUGUCGCAACUUGAUAAAAAACAGCAUUGUUAGUGAAUAUAAUGUUUUUAAAUGUUACUCUGAGUGUAUAUCCACACCGCGGGCAGGCUGAAAAGUUAGCCUGACCACGGUGGGUAUCGAAUUAUACCUUGUUGACAAGCUCGCCACAAGCCUGUUGCGAACACAUCUUGUUGACAAGUUGUGAGAUUUUUACGUGUGUACUACCUCAUCAUUUCUUGCAGGCAUGACAAGCGAAGGUGGUGGUGCUGUUGCAUUCCCAGUGAUGACCUUGGCAUUCAGUAUCAGUCCUGUGAUUGCUCGAGAUUUCUCGCUGGUCACCCAAGCUGUCGGCAUGGGGGUAGCAACAUUCACAAUAUUCUGGAUGAGAAUUCAACUGGAAUGGCGUUCUAUAAUAUUCUGUUCCAGUGGAGCAAUCCUAGGAGUGAUUAUUGGUCUUGAAUUCAUUGAUCCAAAGCUCACUCCACCACAGAAAAAGAUGGGAUUCGUUAGCAUAUGGUUCGCGUUCGCCUUUGCUCUAUUCCUGCUCAACCGGUACCACAAAAGGAAGACAUUCAGAAUUAUUCCAGAAUUUAACACAUGGAAAGCAGGGGUGCUUCUUUUAACUGGAUUCAUCGGUGGUACAUUCACGGCAGUAGCUGGCACUGGAGUGGACAUCUGCAGUUUCAGUAUACUCACAAUAUUGUUUAGAGUAUCAGAGAAAACAGCAACUCCUACUUCGGUUGUCUUAAUGGCAGGAAACGCGGCGGUUGGUUUCUAUUGGAGACAAUUUAUGAUGGAAAAAGUCCUAAUAGAUUCAUACCAUUACCUUGCUGUUUGUGUUCCGAUUGUGGUCCUUGGUGCGCCAUUAGGUAAUAUUAUUAAUUAUAUAAUUUAUUGAAUAAAAUCCAUCGGCCCUUUUCAUCCUAGUUAUUGAAGAAUAUGAUG